GUUUCUUACCAUUUUGGUCAUUUUCUGUAUACUUUAUGGUCUUCAACCCUAGAGGUGCAGAGAAUCAGAAAAACCAGAUCUCGAGAGAGAGAGAGAGAGUAGCAAAGUGAGAAAUAUUAACAAUGAGUUGUCCAAAGAAGGAAUCUGAUAGUUCCACAAAUUCAGUUGAAGAUGAUCAGAUCCGGCGAGCCAAACUGCAAAUACAAUUUCACGGUAUCAGAAGGGAAGAUUUUCAGACCAUUGAAGCCUAUGUGAAAAUAUUGAAAUCGGUAGCCGAUUCUCUAGCAGAAAUGGACAGUCCAAUCUCAGAUGCAGACAUGGUGCUGCAACUUCUUGCUGGUUUGCCUACUCAAUACUUUCCCCUCAAAAAUACAAUAUCAUCAAGGUGUCCUCUCCCCAAUUUUGAAGAGGCUUGUUCCAUGUUGCACAUGCAAGAGGACAUAUUAUUAAAGGAUCCUGAGGAAAAAAAUAGAACUGAUCCUGGUGUUAUUGGUGCAGAGCAAUCGUCUUCAGUCGAUAAAAUCUUUUAUGUAGUGGAUACAUUGGGUACUCUCUUAGAUACAGGGCGUACAGUCCGUACUGUCUUCGCUGUAGCUGGUACAUUGGGACUGGGUGCUGUCUUCGCUGGUCCAUUAAGUGCUGCCGUUGGUACAGUUGCUACUGUGGGUGCAUCCAGGAUGAUUGUAUUUGGUGCAGUAAGUGCGGUGGCUGGCUGGAAAAUUUCGCAAAUGCUCCCUCGCAAGUAAUUAAUCGGGUUGAUUUCUUUCUAUGGUCAUUUAAUUGAUACUUAUUAUCUAAUUAAGUCUUUUUUCUUUCGCGAAUUCUGUUUAAAGUUUGUCUUGAGAUGUAUGAUAUGCAACAUGAUGUGUAUUUUGAUUUUCCUUUCCAGGUGUGUAUGGUAUAGAGGUAUAUUUUUUGGUUAAGGAUCAACUACUCUCCAUAAGAGCCACAAAAAUUAGUUAAAAGUCAAUAGUCUUAGAUUGAUGUCUCGAUCAAACUUCGACUUACGUGUAUUCACAUUUCAUACAAACAUCAGUGAGAAAUGUAAAUAAUACAAGAAGGGAAUAUCAAUCAAGAAAAACUAUAAUUGUGUUGA